AUGCGUGACCACACUCUCAACCUGACAGAAAAGGGGGACUUCAUAGCUCUGGAUCUUGGAGGGUCGAACUUUCGGAUCCUGCGUGUCAAAGUGACACAAGACAAGAAGCAACCAGUUCAGAUGGAGAGCCAGAUCUAUGAGACCCCUGAUGACAUUAUCCAUGGGAGUGGGGCACAGCUCUUUGACCAUGUUGCAGAUUGCCUCGGUGACUUCAUGGAGAAACAAAAAAUCAAGGAUAAAAAACUUCCUGUGGGAUUCACAUUCUCUUUCCCGUGUGCCCAAACCAAACUAGAUGAGGCUGUCUUAUUAACAUGGACGAAGAAGUUUAAAGCCAGUGGUGUAGAAGGCAUGGAUGUUGUGAAGCUUCUAAACAAAGCUAUCAAGAAACGAGGGGACUAUCAAGCAGACAUCAUGGCAGUGGUGAAUGACACCACUGGCACUAUGAUGACUUGUGGAUUUGACGAUCAGCGCUGUGAAGUGGGAAUCAUCAUAGGAACGGGAACAAAUGCCUGCUACAUGGAGGAACUGCGUCACAUUGAUCUGGUGGAAGGAGAUGAAGGCCGGAUGUGCAUCAACACUGAAUGGGGUGCCUUUGGGGAUAAUGGGUCCCUAGAGGACAUCCGCACAGAGUUUGACCGUGAGAUUGACAGAGGAUCGAUCAACCCAGGAAAACAAUUGUUUGAAAAGAUGGCCAGUGGCAUGUACAUGGGAGAACUGGUACGACUCAUCUUGGUCAAGAUGGCCAAAGAGGGGCUGCUGUUUGAGGGACGAAUAACCCCCGAGCUCCUGACGAGAGGAAAGAUUGAGACGAAACAUGUAUCUGCAAUUGAAAAGACUAAGGAAGGACUGAAGAAGUGUAUGGAAAUCCUGACAAGGCUUGGAGUGGAGCCCUCAGAAGAAGACUGUCUGGCUGUGCAGCACGUGUGCACCAUCGUAUCCUUCCGCUCAGCUAAUCUAAUAUCUGCAACCCUGGGAGCCAUUCUUUGUCGCCUAAAAGAGAAUAAAGGAGUCGUGCGGCUUCGUACCACCGUCGGCAUUGAUGGCUCUCUGUACAAGAUGCACCCUCAAUAUGCCCGUCGUCUGCACAAAACCGUGCGUCGCUUAGUCCCAGACUCAGAUGUCCGUUUCCUGCUGUCCGAAAGCGGGAGUGGGAAAGGAGCAGCCAUGGUGACAGCAGUGGCAUACCGUUUAACGGAGCAGGCGCGCCAAAUUCAGCAGACUUUGGCAGAAUUCCGGUUGAGCAAAAAUCAGCUGUUAGAGGUGAAGAAAAGGAUGAAGGUGGAGAUUGAAAGAGGCCUGAAGAAGGACAGCCACAAGGACGCUACAGUCAAAAUGUUGCCCACCUUUGUUCGAAGCACACCGGACGGAACAGAAAAUGGUGAUUUCCUUGCUCUGGACCUUGGAGGAACAAACUUCCGUGUGCUUCUGGUCAAGAUUCGCAGUGGGAAAAGACGAUCAGUGGAGAUGCAUAACAAAAUCUAUGCCAUUCCUAUAGAAGUCAUGCAGGGCACAGGGGAAGAGCUUUUUGAUCACAUUGUGCACUGCAUCUCUGAUUUCCUGGACUACAUGGGAAUGAAAAGUGCUCGACUCCCACUGGGUUUCACUUUCUCGUUCCCCUGCCAUCAGACCAGCCUGGAUGCAGGCAUCCUUGUAACGUGGACCAAAGGCUUCAAGGCCACAGACUGUGAGGGUGAAGAUGUAGUGGAGCUUCUUCGGGAAGCAAUCAAAAGGAAAGAGGAGUUUGAGCUGGAUGUGGUUGCCAUAGUGAAUGACACAGUGGGGACGAUGAUGACCUGUGCAUAUGAGGAGCCCACAUGUGAGGUGGGACUGAUCGCAGAUAGUGCCGGGUACCGAGGGUCGGAUGUGUGUCAAUAUGGAGUGGGGGGCAUUUGGAGACAAUGGCUGUCUGAUGACAUCAGGACAACAUACGACCAGGCAGUGGAUGAGAACUCACUCAACGAAGGCAAACAAAGAUAUGAGAAGAUGUGCAGUGGGAUGUAUCUUGGUGAGAUUGUACGGCAGAUUUUGAUUGAUCUGACCAAGCGUGGCUUCCUGUUCCGGGGACAAAUCUCAGAGACACUUAAGACCAGGGGCAUCUUUGAGACAAAGUUUCUGUCACAGAUAGAAAGCGAUCGUCUGGCCUUGCUUCAGGUCAGAGCGAUUCUGCAGCAGCUGGGGCUAGACAGCACCUGUGAUGACAGUAUUAUCGUCAAGGAGGUGUGCGGCACAGUGUCCCGCCGAGCAGCUCAACUCUGCGGAGCCGGGAUGGCUGCAGUGGUGGACAAGAUCCGUGAGAACAGAGGACUGGACCACCUGGAUGUUACAGUGGGCGUGGAUGGCACACUCUACAAGCUGCACCCACAUUUUUCUCGGAUCUUCCAACAAACAGUGAAGGAACUCGCCCCCAAAUGUGAUGUCAACUUCCUGCUGUCUGAGGACGGCAGCGGUAAGGGAGCUGCCCUCAUCACUGCUGUGGGCUGCCGCCAGAGGGAGCUAGAGGCCCAGCAACACUGAGCAGCUCUGUCCCAUUUGUCCCCAAGAACUACCUGCUGCUCCACCCUGACCUUCACGCACCGCACAGCCUACAUCCAUUUCCCCUUGGCAGCCGUGACUCCACCUGUGCCCAACUUGGUCCACCUACAGCCAGAGAGAUAUACUGCAUGCAGAGAAUUAAAACUCAAUAUCUAAAUAUUUAUUUAUACUGCACCAGAUGGUUUAUUAUUUCCGUGUUUGUACAUUUUCCUCAAUAGCUUGUCAAUAACCUGACAAAUCUAAACUCCUUAGGUGUGCAAUAUUUGUGUACUGCUAGUUUUAUUUUUAUAUGAAGCCAGAUAUAUAAUUGUAUUUAUAUAGCUCGGGCCAAUUUGAAUCCCAGAGGUCAUCAAGAUUUUGCACCAUAGACACAAGUAAAUGUCUGCACUUUUUAUAUGAAAGUUACAGCAGCAACACGUCAAUGUAAUUUCCCAUAUGAAGGACCUUCUUGAAGCUGAAUGAUAACUUGUUUUUACAGGCUCCUUUGGUUGAGAAAAACCAGUUCCAAAAGGGCUCGUCGCAAAGGUUUGAAUGCAAGAGUCACGGCUGUUAAAAUCUCCCUCAUUUUGUGUGCUACAUGCUCACACAAUGUGUUUGGCUACUAACCCCUUUUUGUGUAACUGUCAGUGUAAUUCACAUAUUCAAAUAUUCCUACAUCACCAUACCAUUUAUUCCUCAAGAGCGGACAAGGUAGAAAAAGCCCCAGAGAAGUGUUAGCCCAUCCUAUUGCUAUUCGUAAACUAUUAAACUUUUGGUGUUGUGAUGAAUACCACUUCUACUCAUUGUAUGUGCAAACAAUAAAUGUUUAUUGGGCCCCAUGAAGAGUGGACAUAAUGAGCGCUUUUGUGUGUAUUUGUAGCUGAGUGUCAGUGUGUCUUACUGUAUGACCUGUAGCUUUCAAUGUCCAAAGCUCUGUGGAGACUGCAUGCCUUACAUCAACACAAAGGAGGUUACCGGAUCAUUUUCUUUCUUUUGCUCUAUUUUUUUUUUUUUUUACAUCAUUAUAGAUUUGUGAUCAACACAGUAAAAAGCAAAUUCAUUAAAUUAUAUUUUGUUGUGGAGUAAAA